UGAGAAGUGGUUAAAAAGUGUUCACUUUAACCAAAAUUUAGCCAAUUAGAUAUAGUUUGGUUUAUUUUCUAUAUUAAAAAGUUCUUAGAAUUAUUUAAUAAGAAAUGACUGAAACCAAAGUGAACGGGGCAAUAUGUGAAUCUGAGCCAGUUUGCAAUGUAAAAUCACAGUAUAAACGGGAGUUGGUGUGGCGUAACAUAACAUUAAUGGCAAUAUUGCAUUUGUCAGCUCUGUAUGGCUUUUAUUUGUCCAUAACUGUGGUCCAGUUUAAGACAAUUAUUUUCAUGAACUUUAUUGCUAUGUUUUCAUCGAUGGGUAUUCAGUGUGGGGCUCAUAGGUUAUGGUGUCACCGGACAUAUAAAGCCAAACUCCCCCUUCAGGUCAUACUAAUGGUGUUGCAGACAAUGUCCCUCCAGAACGACAUAUUUGAAUGGAGUCGCGACCAUCGCCUGCACCACAAGUACUCGGACACCGACGCCGACCCACACAACUCCAGUCGGGGUUUCUUUUUCUCACACGUGGGUUGGCUUUUAUGCAAAAAGCAUCCCGACGUUAGGGAAAAGGGAAAGACACUCGACAUGACAGACCUGGCUAACGACCCACUGGUCAAGUUUCAAAGAGCUUUUUAUAUACCAUUAGUGGCAUUAAUAUGGGGAGCGAUUCCCACGUAUAUACCCUAUUAUCUAUGGGGUGAGUCCGUGUGGAAUGCCUGGUUUGUUUGUGUUAUGCUCCGAUACACAGGGGUGUUAAACUUGACCUGGUGUGUUAAUAGUGCUGCCCAUAUGUAUGGCAUGAAGGUAUACCUGUAAUA